GUCAAACUGUUAUGGAAAACCUGGAAAACGAAGAAAAGCGCAUGUUUACUUCUUUUCGGAUCGGCUAAUAUUUCAGAAAUUUCCACAAUUUAGUGCUAAAGACAAACUUUAUCAUAAAACUGUACAACAAUGUCAUCAACAGAGCCCGCCAUGGAAAAGAUUGCACCCCUGCAGGAGACCGGCUCUACGGUAGCACCAAAGGUCAAUCUUUCACCGGAGCAAAAGGAAAUUUUCGAUCGGAUCUCCAAAACUGAAAACAGUGAACUCAAGCUCCGUUUGGCCCAGUUCAAGCAGACAGUGGAUUUUGUGGAUGACAAUGGAAUGACCCCACUGCAGCAUGCCGCCUACAAGGGCAAUAAAGAAGCGGUCCAGCUACUGCUGGACCAGGGCGCGGACGUCAAUUCCGGUAAGCACGAGUACAAUUACACAGCACUGCACUUCGGUGCCCUGUCUGGCAGUGUGGACGUUUGCAUGAAGUUGCUUCUGGCUGGGGCAAAAGCCGAUGCGGUCAAUACGAUCGGCAGGACGGCAGCACAGAUGGCGGCAUUCGUGGCCAAUCAUCAGGUCGUGGCAACGAUUAACAAUUUUGUACCGGUGAAAGAUAUCGAGUGCUACACAAAGGUUCAGGGAUCGCAAACGGAACCGCUUCUACCAGUAGUUCUGCUGGAAGGAUUCCACAAAUUCAUCAUGCAGAUAAACAUUCAUCCGGUGCGGAUUGCUUUGAACUUACAAAAGUAUGGUCUAUUCAUUGAGGACCUGAAACGGAUUAGGAAGGUGCUGGAUGAAAUGAUGGAACGCGAAAUGAAACGCCGCAAUGAAGUCAACGAAGUGAUGGCAUUUAAGUAUCACUAUCUGGGCUACAUGGUAAACGAGGUUGCCAAAUGUCGGGACUAUUUCUUGGCCCGGAAAGAUAAGACCGAUGGAAAGGAUCAAAAAAGUGACUUCGUUGAACUUUUUGCAAAACGCGUUCUUAAGCAAGGCAAAGAUGGCUCUCUGGAGUACGUCGAGGCGACGAUACGUGAAUGCGUGCGCGAAUUUCCGUUCCGGGAAUGUACCGUCUUCCGGCAGGUGGUGACCCAACUUGCCAGUAAAGAAAACCCGGCUAGUGCGCUGGAAAUCAUCAAAGCGGCCAUCAACGGGCAGCGUGGCUUUCAGGAUACUAUUUCGCUGUGCAGUUCAUGUGGCGAGGAGAAGCCCGACAAAAAGUGUUCCAAGUGCAAGGAGGUGCAGUACUGUGACCGUGAGUGCCAACGAUUGCACUGGUUUAUGCACAAGAAAGUGUGUGCUCGACCUUCGUCUACUACGGCACAGGGUGGCCCAGCAGCUAAAGAGGCUAAGAAGGACAUUGAUUCGGCGGAAAUAAGUGAGCAGUUGCAGAAAUUGGUAGCAAGUUAAGUGGAAGGUUCAAAACAACCAACUAGAAAUGUGCGAUUUAGUCAGUGUGUCACAACAAGAGUGGAACCAAUUUUUAAUGAAUGGAUAUGUUAGCGGAAAGUUUGAUUUUUUGUAAACCUGAAAUUGAUUACCAUAAGGAAUAUAAUAUGACGAAAUCGCAACAACUUCUGUUGUGAAAUAUCUAGAUAAAAUUAAUAUACAGGAAAACCAAUAACAAUCCUAAACAACUCAGAUUAAUGUAUGUGUCAUUUGCUAUCUCUUGGAUGUCAAUAAAUCAGAUCGAAAGCUA